AGCAGCUGGCAGCAGAGAGCGAGACAGCAGGGAGCAGGCAGGGCACGGACAGCUAUUAUAUACCUGGCUUUGCAGAGUACUCGUCACCGCUUCGCCCACAGCUUUCUGUCAGAAUAUACACUUUUUCCUGCGACUUGCACGCAGCUCAAGGCGCAUGCUCAGAGUAACCGACGGCGCAUUUGUUUUAUUCAGGAACUCAGAGAGACUGAACAGUUAGAAAGAUGACCACUUCAUGGAGUGACAGACUGCAGAACUAUGCAGACUUGCCCGCCAACAUGGACGGCCUUACAAUGAAGAAGUACAGGAGGGAGCCCUACCACAGAAUCUUUGUCAACAGAAGCUUGGCAAUGGAGAAGAUUAAGUGCUUUGGCUUUGAUAUGGAUUACACUUUAGCAGUGUAUAAGUCACCUGAAUAUGAAUCAUUAGGCUUUGAGCUGACAGUGGAACGGCUAGUGUCCAUCGGUUAUCCUCAGGAGCUCCUGAGCUUCGUCUAUGACCCAUCAUUUCCCACCAGAGGCCUUGUGUUUGAUACCAUGUAUGGAAACUUGUUGAAGGUUGAUGCUUACGGUAAUAUCCUGGUCUGUGUCCAUGGAUUCAACUUCCUGCGAGGCCCAGAGAUCCGUGAACGGUACCCCAACAAGUUUAUCCAGAGAGAUGAUACAGAGCGUUUCUAUAUCCUCAACACCCUCUUCAAUCUGCCAGAGACCUACCUUUUUGCUUGCCUUGUGGAUUUCUUCACCAACUGUGAUAGAUAUGACAGCUGUGAAACUGGCUUCAAAGAUGGCGACCUCUUCAUGUCCUUUAAAAGCAUGUUCCAGGAUGUCCGGGAUGCUGUUGACUGGGUCCAUUUCAAGGGUACGCUGAAGGAGAAGACUGUGGAGAACUUGGAGAAGUAUGUGGUGAAAGAUGGAAAGCUGCCUCUUCUUCUCAGCCGAAUGAAUGAAGUAUCCAAGGUUUUCUUGGCAACCAACAGUGACUACAAAUACACUGAUAAAAUCAUGACCUAUUUGUUCGACUUCCCUCAUGGCCCAAAGCCUGGCACCCCGCACCGGCCCUGGCAGUCCUACUUUGAUCUGAUCCUGGUGGAUGCCAGGAAACCGCUGUUCUUCGCAGAGGGUACAGUGCUCAGACAAGUGGACACAACAACAGGACGUCUAAAGAUAGGAACCUACACAGGACCACUGCAACAUGGGAUAGUCUACUCUGGAGGCUCUUCAGACAUUGUGUGUGACUUGCUGGGGGCCAAGGGAAAGGACAUAGUAUACAUCGGAGACCACAUUUUUGGCGACAUUCUCAAAUCUAAGAAGCGUCAGGGUUGGAGGACGUUCCUGGUGAUACCUGAGCUGGCCCAGGAGCUGCAUGUGUGGACUGACAAGAGCUCAUUAUUCGAGGAACUCCAGGGCCUGGAUGUUUUCUUGGCAGAACUCUACAAGCAUCUGGAUAGCAGCAGUAAUGAAAGGCCAGAUAUCAGCACUAUCCAGAGGAGAAUCAAGAAAGUGACACAUGACAUGGACAUGUGCUAUGGCAUGAUGGGUAGCCUGUUCCGCAGUGGCUCCAGACAGACUCUCUUUGCCUCACAAGUGAUGCGUUACGCCGACCUGUAUGCAGCCUCCUUCAUUAACUUGCUGUAUUACCCCUUCAGCUACCUCUUCAGAGCGUCACACAUAUUAAUGCCCCAUGAGUCAACAGUUGAACACACCCACGUGGACAUCGACACAGAGUCCCCGCUGGCUACCCGCAACCGCACCCACUGCAGCGACUGCAAAGAGCUAGAGUGUAAGCGCAACCAGCUGACCCGCUCAUUCAGCGAGAUCAAGCCACCCAACCUGUUCCCUCAGACUCCCCAGGAGAUCACUCACUGUCACGAUGAGGAUGAUGAUGAGGAGGAGGAAGAAGAAGAAGAGUAAUAUAAUAGGACCUUUAGAGGGGAGCCAUGUUCCCGUUCCUGCCUUCUUAUCUCUCCUAGUAGAGUCAAGUAGUGAUUGCUUUCAAAGCGAGGCAGAGAGGGGAAAACAUCUCCAGUGUGCAUAUGUGUGAUCACACACGCUCACACACGUACACAUUCUUCAAAUUUCUGAGGAUAAGUGUAAAGGACCAGUAGCAAGAGAGAUCAUAUGACUGUCAGAAGACUGCAUGCUCGGUCCUCUAAACAAAACCUGUAUGAGCUUAGUUAAAAAAGAAAACAAACACAAACUUCUUGAUUUGUAAAUUCAUUUGAUUUCUGUAUAAUUCUCCCAGCAGACAGACAGAGCACACACACUCAAACAGACAUCACACACCACGUUUCUUUAUCUUUUUAUACGCUGAGUUUUAAGUCCUGCUGGUGGAUCACUUAGUUUUGGUCAUGUUUACGGUUUAAUCCACCAGGUUUGGACUUUCUACUGUAGUUUGAAGUGUAACACAAACUGACAGAAUAUGCACAUUGCAGUCACGGCGUAAGUGCCGAAAAAUCAGUGCAGACAUUAAACAUUUUUAUAUGCAACAUGGGAACAACAUUCAGUUUUUUUUUUUAUCCAUUUUGUUUUAUUUGCUUGUCCUUAUAGAGCUGUAACUUGUAUGUAAGAGUAUUUCUGUGUGUGUUUCUGUCACGGUAGACUCAUUCAGACUUUAGCAUCCUGAGUGACGGUAAGCAAAGAAGAUGUUGGACAAAACUGAAGCACAAGCUCGCACUACUCGAUACCCAGAUGAAUAUCUUCUUUGACUUGUUUGGAGUUUGGUUAGGCGUACACAAGUGAGGCUAUUGAAUUGAUGCUUUGUUACCAAGCAACAAAGAGGACAGAGUAUCUAUAUUUUAUCCUUAGUCUCUAUGACUACCCCGAAACACAGUACUGUUUCUAUAAAUACCUGUAAGGUAAAUGAGAUGAGCUAAUCGUUCAACACCAUGAGCGGGCUGUUAUGCAGUAUUUGUCAGCUUGAUUGUUUUGGAAGUAUAACGUAAGUUUUUCAUUUAUCAGAUUUUUCUUUUUUGGUAAGGGGGGUGUACAGUACAAGGUCUUCAAGUUUGUUAUUUUGCGAAGUGUGUAAAAAAAGGAAAGAGCAUGAAAGUGGAUUCGGCAUGUAAUGAAAGUAGUGUUUUCGACAAAAAACUUAAUUGAAAAGGUCUAAUGAGUUUUAGCUGAUUUUUAUCCACAGGUCCAGUAUUAUCAUGCCAUUCAUAGGAUGAAAUAUGAACUGUGUUUACAGUAUUUUGCUAGCGGGCUUCUUAACACUACUAUGUGUUGUAGAUCGUGUUCACAGGUCAGAAAUGAGUGAAGUGUUCCAACAUUAAAUGCUUGAUUUUGCAUUUGCUCUGAUCGUUGCAACAAAAUACAAGCUUGUUAAACUUAAAGCUCCUGAAAACUUAUUCUAAAACACCUUACACACUUCGUCUUAUACGACUUCUAUUACGCUACAGUCGGACUAGGAAAAACUGCAUAAUAUGAUGUGGCACGACCAAAAUGAUUGUGACCGUGUGCAAUUAACUUCCAAAUUGUUGCCUUUGAAAUGAUUUCUUCAAUUAUGGAAAUUAUGUCUGCGACCAGUCACAGUCAGUUGCCCUCUUCAAAGUGUGUUUUGUGUUAAGAUGGCGAUAAAAUAGCAAAAUGAGUCAACAUGUUAUCAGUUUGCAACAGCAAAAUGGGGUCAGUCUGUCUUUGACGUUAUGGUGAUGAAUUUGCAAAAUCACAAAUCUGUUGCAAAUUUGUUUUCUGUUUACAUACGCAGAAAUUCAUAUUAACUACUUGCAUUCAGAGUCCAGUCAGAGCCUCAUAGAAAUUCAGAAAUUCUUCCACAAAUGGUGGCAUAGUUGCUGCUGGAUAGCGAUUGAACUGCAAAAUGACAUAAGCGCUCUGCAACCUUGCCUGUUUUAUGGGAAUUUAACCAGAAUACAACCAGCUGGUAACCAGCUGAGUCGCGUCUUGGAAAGAGAUGCGCUCAGAUUGAUUGCAACAUGUUGACUCUAGUUAUUUGAAUACCUUCAGUCCACGUUGGACCACAAAUGUUUGGAGACAGGUUGCAUUUAUGCAGUCACUGUGUGAUUGCUAUGAAGCUUGUUAUAGACUUCAUAGCUUAAAUAAUUGAAACAACUUGUGUUAUGUGGACUUUUCUGCUUAGGUGUUUUGUUUUGUUUUUUUAAAUCCUAAAUGGAAAAACAAUUUUUGAAUCAAUAUCAAAAGUUUUACUUUAUUUAAUUUUGAAAACUUUGGUUGAGGUGGUUUAGUAGGGGUUAUGAUAAAAGGAAAAUGUGACGAUGGAAACAAAACGUGACACUUCUGCUUGAAGUUUGAGCCCCUCUCCAAUGGCACCAAUCAGAUUCAUUUAAAAUGCACACGCAAACUUACCUAAUGACCAAACUACCCGCCAACUGCCACUGGAAUGCAUGUCAGUCUAUACUGAUUGGUUUAAAAAGUUAAUGACGUCCCUGCUAGUUCAAUUUCUCGUUUUUAAAAAGAAUUUUGAAAGAAAAAAAUCUUCCAUUAAAUUAUUAAAACUGUUCAGAUUUUGUUCAUACUGGACUCUGCUGAUCAUCAAGAAAAGGUGAUGGAAAAGUUUUCAGGAUCUUUAAUGCAGAUGUCAGUGGCAUCAGUGUUCAUACACAAGGUAGAGUGCUGCCUCAUAUUAUUUUUUUCAAACAGCAACUUUUUUCUCCCCCUUUUCCUACCAUCCACUAAAAGCAACGUUAAGCUGCCUCACCUUUUUAAAGUAAGUCUCGACCUCUUCUGUCUUCAGUGUGUUGGAUCGGCCUUUUGAUUUAGGCCACAAAAAGGGAAGGAACAUGCCGUUUCGUUUUUGGAAUGAUUUUUGGUUUGGCUUGAUGUGGAGUGAGUAGUGGUGAAUGUGCUUAAUGCGUUGGAUAAAACCAUGUUGAACAUAUAUGAACAUAUUACAGCUGUUUAGCCUUUGUUUUUUUGUUUGUUUGUUUUUUACAAGUGAAAUAUUUAUAUUUUAUGUUCUGAUGUUUGUUUCUUGAACAUAGAAUAACUGGAUAUGCUACAUGAUGCAGCUGCAUUGCCAGCGUGGAAGAGGUGACUGUCUUUGCAUCAUUUCAUGUGAAAAUAACAACAGUAUCCGCUCCGCUGUGGCCGUUAUGGUAGCAUCAGUUUGACUUCUAUGUGAGGCUGCUGUCGGUGUAGUUUACACAGAGAGGAUAGAGAGAAAAAACAAACUGUAAGCCUGAGAAAAAAAAAAAAAAAAAUCUUAAAAUGAAGGGAAAUGUGACUAGCAUGUUAAGUAUCAUAAUUUGUUACUUGUCAUCAGCAUCAUGGGAUUUUUACUUUUCUAAGCUAGUGUUUUCCAAUGGUCUCUGUUUACAGAACUGUAAAUAGACCUCGCCAUUUCCUUUUCAUAUGAUUUUCUUUAAAAAAUAUAACAUUUUUUGUUCAUUUUUAUACAAUAUCUCAUAAACCUGUCACUAUGACUUGGAACUAAUUAAAGACUGGUGAAUAGGUUACAGUGCUUUAGAAGAUUUUUAUCUUGUGUUCUGAUGCCCAGAAUGCAUCUGUAUUUAACAGGUGCAAGAACUCCACUGUUCAUUUUCUAACCUUUAGUAAACUUUUGUUUUUAUGCAUAUCAAUUUAUGUUCUUCAGUGUUUUGUGUGUUUCCACAAAUUAUCCUUUAGACUGUACAUUGAAGUAAAUUACAUAAAAAUGUAGAAUAAAGAUAGUUUGUAAUA